AUGUCAAGUGAGGCCACCCCAGUAUUUCAAGUCAAUCAAAAGAAAUUAAGAGAACUUGCCGAAAAUUCUAAUGCCGUUAAAAUCGGUGGCAAGGGCACAGCUCGUCGAAAGAAGAAAAUUAUUCAUCGACCAGCUAAUGUAGACGACAAAAAACUUCAAAGUUCAUUAAAAAAACUUGCUGCAAAUAAUAUACCAGGCAUUGAAGAGGUCAAUCUAUUCAAAGACAAUGGCGAAGUUAUUCAUUUUGCUAGUCCUAAAGUACAGGCAUCACUAAGUUCAAAUACAUUUGCUAUCAGCGGUACUUCGGACACAAAAUCUCUACAAGAUAUGCUACCGACAAUCAUGUCACAAAUGGGUAUGACAACCGAUUUAGGCUUAGCAAGUGACGCAGUGCGACGCAAAAUUGGUUCACAAGGAGAUCAACAAACAGGUGGCGAUGGACAAACUGGAACAAAUGAACAGGAAGGCGAUGAUGAAGUUCCCGAUCUUGUGGAAAACUUUGAUGACGUAUCAAACUCAAAAUGA